AUGCCAAAACGUUCAGAGGAGAUGCUGGCUGAGCUGUGGACAUCUCUGCUGCUUGUGUGGAUUACCUGUGUUCCCUACACCUCCAUGACACCCAUAAUCGGACAGUCUAAAAGUUUACAGAUAGCUGGUUCCACGGCAACGUCGCUUGGCCUCGUCGAAGGACAAAGAAUACUGAGUCGAGCCAAGAGAGGAUGGGUUUGGAAUCAAAUGUUUGUGUUGGAGGAAUUCUCUGGACCAGAUCCAAUUUUAGUUGGCAGGCUCCACACGGAUCUGGAUGUCGGUGGCAAGAGCAUCAAGUACGUCCUCGCAGGCGAGGGGGCGGGCACGAUCUUCGCCAUCAACGAGAUGACAGGCGACAUCCACGCCAUGAAGAGGCUGGACCGCGAGGAGAAGGCCGAGUACACCCUCACGGCACAGGUCAUCAACGCUGAAACAGACCAACCCUUGGAGCCGCCUUCUGAGUUCAUCAUCAAGGUUCAGGAUAUCAAUGACAACCCGCCACAAUUCAUUGAAGGGCCCUACAGGGCCUCAGUCCCGGAGAUGUCAGCAGUUGGUACACCUGUGACGAGGGUGACGGCCACAGACGCUGACGAUCCAGUCUAUGGGAACAGUGCUAAGCUGGUGUACAGCAUUCUGGAUGGACAGCCUUACUUCUCAAUAGACCCCAACACUGCAACUAUUAAAAUUGCUCUGCAAGCAAUGGACAGAGAGAUGAGGGAGGAGUACCUUGUUGUCAUCCAAGCCAAGGACAUGGGUGGUCACAUGGGAGGACUGUCAGGAACUACAACAGUCACUGUGACUCUGACAGACAUCAAUGAUAACCCGCCAAAGUUCUCUAAAAGUCUGUACGAGUUUGUAAUCCCAGAGGACCUCGUUGUGGGGAAGCCAGGGGGCAAGGUGAAGGCCAACGAUCGAGACAUUGGCGAGAACGCAAAAUCCACCUACAGCAUCAUUGAUGGGGACGAUAGGAAUAUGUUUGAGAUCACAACAGAUGCUCAGACUCAGGAGGGAAUCCUUAGGUUGAAGAAGCCCCUGGACUUCGAGACCAAAAGAUCUUAUACACUGAAGGUUGAGGCUGCCAAUGUUAGAUUUGAACCCAGUAGUGGAGGGCCCUUCAAGGACACAGCCACAGUGAAGAUAGCGGUGGAGGAUUCAGACGAGCCUCCUAUCUUCUCUAAGGCUACAUAUGUGCUGGAAGUGGACGAGAAUGCGCCCAUCAACACUGUCAUAGGAACAGUCACGGCCAGAGACCCUGAUGUCACUGCCAGCCUUGUCAGGUACUUCAUCGAUCGACACACAGAUCUGGAGAGGCAGUUCAAUAUCAACGUGGAUGAUGGAAAAAUAACAUUGGCUAAACCUUUGGACCGAGAGACAGAUAUGUGGCACAACAUCACAGUGACUGCUACUGAAGUCCGAAACCACAGUCAAAUAUCUAGGGCCAUCGUAGCCAUCCGGGUACAGGACAUCAAUGACAAUGCCCCAGAGUUUGCUGCAGAAUAUGAGGCCUUCGUGUGUGAAAACAGCAAACCUGGCCAGGUUAUUCAAGUUCUUACUGCCAUCGACAGAGACGACCCUGUGCAGGGACACUAUUUUGAAUAUCGCCUCAUCCCAGAGAUGCUGAACAACCCAAACUUCACCAUCAAAAACAACGGAGACAAUACCGUCAGCGUCUUGGCCAAGCACGACAAUUUCCGACGACAGAAACAGGAAAUGUACCUUCUACCUAUCAUUGUGACGGACAACGGGAACCCACCAAUGAGCAGCACCAACACUUUGAUCAUCCGAGUCUGUGGAUGCAGCAAGGAGGGAAUUGUUCAGUCAUGCAACGUUGAGGCCUACGUCCUGCCUAUUGGUCUCAGCAUGGGAGCUCUCAUCGCCAUUCUGGCCUGUAUAAUAUUGCUUUUAGUGAUCGUGGUGCUGUUUGUGACACUGAGGCGACACAAGAAUGAGCCUUUAAUCAUCAAAGAUGACGAGGAUGUGAGGGAGAACAUCAUCCGCUACGAUGACGAGGGCGGCGGCGAGGAGGACACGGAGGCCUUUGACAUCGCCACGCUGCAGAACCCCGAUGGCAUCAACGGAUAUCUUCCACGCAAGGACAUCAAGCCAGACCUGCAGUUCAUGCCUCGACAGGGCCAACAUUCGGGCCCUAAUGGCGUAGACGUGGACGAGUUCAUCAACGUCCGACUUCACGAGGCCGACAACGACCCCACUGCCCCGCCUUAUGACUCUAUCCAAAUCUAUGGCUACGAGGGCCGGGGUUCCAUCGCCGGGUCGCUAAGCUCCUUGGAGACGGCUUCGUCUGACUCGGACCAGAACUAUGACUACCUCAGAGAAUGGGGUCCACGUUUCAGAAGACUUGGGGAACUCUACUCCGUAGGGGAGAGCGACCGAGAGACUUGACCUUGCGAUCUUA